UUAGGCUGUAUCUUUUACAGAACAGCUGUAAAUAUACAGCACAUUUCUGUUUUCAUCCCCAUAAAUUCGUAAUACAGUAUCAUACUGUAAAUGCAUUGCAUUGUGGGAUUGAUUUUAUUCGCGCUCAAAUUCAGAUGAGACGUGACGCCAACUGACAGUUCAGGCAAACUCGAUGUGCCAGAGGGUCUAAAGAUUAUUUAAUCCUUUGAUUUAUAUAAAGAGUUUUUGUGAAUUUGUAAUAAAUCUUUAAGCUUUUUGGUUCGUGUGAGCUUCGUUUCGUGUAAGCUUUUGUGUGCGUCUUUCAAAUAUGAGUUGCCUGUGACGCAGCAGAAACGGUUAACGUCACAUGAACUUCAUGAAGACGGGAGGAAGAAUUGGUUAUGCGUCUGUGAGCAAAAGUGGAUUUUAGAGCUUGAGAAGUGUUCAACUGACUGAUACGAAUAAUGUCUGGAAUGAAAGAAGUCUUGAAAGAUGCUGUAUUGUUGGUGUUGCCAAGCCUAUCUCCAGAUGUAACCAACCAGCUUGUUGAGAAGCUCAUGGACCAAGGUGUCGAAGGCUUGGAUGACUUGGUUUAUGUAAAAGAAGAUGACAUUUUGGAGUUUAUACGACCUAUCCAAUGCAGAAAACUUCUUAGUUCCUGGAAAAAUCAAGAACAUCAAAACUGCACAGUCGUACUGCCACCUGCUGAGGUUCUCCCCUCGGUUCCCCCCGAAACAAACACUACUCUUGGUUCACCUCCAUCAAGCUCCUCAAGGCCAACAUCAAGCAGUUUAGCAUCAGCCAGUGCCACACAUUCAUGGACUAAAAAUUUCCAAGUUCCCUGGAACUUAAUGCCAGACGGUAUAAAGAGUGCUGUUGAGAAUGGACAGAGACCUUCUCCUUCUGACCGAAGACAAAUGAUUAGAAUCCUUGCUGACGAAAUGAGAAAACAUGACACAAACCCCACCAGAUCACAGUGUCUUACUGUUAGUCGCAAAAUAGUGAGCCAGUAUCCAAAGUCUUUUGCUGACAUGUUGGGUGACAAGCAGGUUGGGGGUGGAUAUGAAUCUGUUCUUUCACAGCUGAAAGUACGCAUAGAGUACCUGAAUCGAACAAAUACACUAAGUCAUCAUAGGAUCCAAAGAAGUGACACCGGAACUACUAGAAAACAAAGUUCCACUGACUCGUAUGGUUGUACAAGAUGGCAGCCUGCUCUUCCACCUGGUGAAAGUUAUGACAGUCUUGAAGUGAAACGUCAGAAGAUGGAGGAGAUGCAUCUUCAUGAAGGAAUCUCUGGAGCAGAGAGAGGAGACGUUUGCAAGCUCAUGGAGGGAACCUACUGGCUUCAGCGUCACAUGAUCAAUGCAACCCCAUCCCCAACAAUUGCAGAUAUCAAAACUAAAUGGCCAUAUCUCUUCACACAGAGGCAUAUAUAUGGACAUUUUGAACAGCUUACUGACAAAAAAGUGCUCAGAUGUUUGGAAUUGUCUAUUCAGGAGUGUGGACAAAUCAUAAUUGAAUUUUUCAAAAGCAAACCAACCAAUGAUGACAUUCGAAGCAUUCUCUCCAGAGGUGAAAAUGAUGUGGAUGCCAUGGUCAUACAACUACUCCUUGCACACUUCAAAGAGAAAUUAGAUGGGGUUUUCCUUCAAGCAGAUGAAUUUGCGACUCCAUCUGAUGUCCAGCAAUCUCUUCAUUUGCCAGAGAGUCCAUGCCUUAUAUUUCUUGGUCAAUCUCUGAGCAACCAGCGCUGGAUGUUGAGUUUGGAGGGUCAAGUUGUGUGUGAAGGAGCACAGCCCAACUUCAUCACCGGACUGGCAGCGUUGUUUGCCUCCUUCUAUAAUUUCAACUUACAGUACCAGGAGGAGGCAGCAUGCACCCUUGAGUUUGUUCAGAGACGCUUUGUUGACAUCAAUCCUGAAUGUGGAUCGAAAGCAAAAAAAGGAAAAGUGACUUCAAAGAAAAGUGUGCAAAAAAACAACACCACUGUAAGCCCACCGGUUUCCUCACUUCUGCGAAAACUUGCAGACUUUGAAUGGAACUUUGUUUAGAUCCUGUCAGCAAGUACAUUAAAAGUAAAUAUGAUUACUGCCAUCGUUAAUUCCAUUUAUAAAAUACAACUGCCAUUUCAGCCAAUUUGCUGUUCUAUUUUUCUUUUUUGACUCUUUAAAUUUCUGGAAAAAAAUGUUAAAUUUGUUAAAGGUUAACAAGAUUACUAUAUUAUAAAGUGUUAAGUGUUCAACUAACAUUUUAAAUGUUUAAAAAAAAACAGCUGGCAUUUCAGCCAAAUGUGUUCACAUAAGGCAAGUGUCUGGUCGUUGCUUUUAAAAUAAAUGUUUUAAA